CCAGAUUUAUUACAUUUUCCGUCUCGAUAUCCAUGAUUUUCUUAGCAAGCUAGAUAAUAUCAAGAUUAACAUUUGUUGUAGAAUAUUAGCACAAGUGGAAGAUUGACAGGUGGCAGUUUUAGGAACAAGUGGCGCAAAGGCACAAGUAAUCAGCUGAUUGGGAUGAGAGGAACCUUAUACUUUUACAAAAGUUAAAGUGACACUAUUCUUGACAAUCAGAUUUUUGAAUUAAAGUUUUCUGAAGAUCAGUUUCGUUAUUGUUUCUUAUCACGGAAAAUGACUUUAAAUCUGAUCAAACAGAUUAUACGGAUUAAACAACAUUCAUUCGUAACGAAAACCUUAUCUGCAAAAUUUUAUACCGGAAGCUUGUACGAGCCUGAUUAUCUAGAGACAGGAAAAUCGAAAUUUCCACUUUUACCUAUGAUAAAUAUACAAAUUAAGGGUUACGACUAUUCAGUGCUCGAAUGUUAUCAAACAUUCAUGGAUAAAUUGGCAGAUAGCAUGCAAAUUGAUGUAGACAAUAGUUGGGCAUUACCACCUCAGGAAUUGAAGAUCCAGAAAUAUAAAACUGGAACAAUGACAGUUAUAUCUGAAUACAAUCUUAAAAUUUAUGAAAGAUAUACACAAUUAUCAGAGGUAUCUGCUAUUAAAUGUUCCAUAUUAAUCAGAGCAUUAGAAGCAUCUCUUCCACAGGGCGUUACUCUUAAUGUAGAUACUUUCGAUCCUGCAUUAGAGCGGAAGCGAUAUGUACCAGACAAAGAAUUACUUGAUUUGAAAUCUACAUUAGAUACAAUGAAGAACAAAACUUAAUAAAUUAUUGCAAUUGAUAUAAAAUCUAAAUGCAAAUACAAUGCUCUUGUAUGUAUGUAUAUUAAUGUAUAAAGAUACUUUUCCAUUAUAA